AUGGCCGGCAACUUCGAAGAUGUCGCUAAACAAUUCAUCGAAUUCUACUACAACUCCUUCGAUGCUGAUCGCAAGUCUCUCAGCGCCCUCUACAGGGAACAAUCUAUGUUGACUUUCGAGUCUGCAUCGGUCCUCGGCAUCAACGCCAUCGUUGACAAGCUUGCCGGUCUCCCUUUCGAGAAGGUGAAGCACCAGGUCUCUACCCUCGACGCCCAGCCCACGUUGAACGGCGGAAUCUUCAUCCUUGUCACUGGCCAGCUCUUGGUCGACGAAGAGCAGCGCCCCAUGAACUACUGCCAAGCCUUCCAGCUCCUCCAGGAUGACGCCGGAUCAUACUUCGUCUACAACGACGUCUUCAAGCUUGUCUACGGUUAA